AUGAAAAAGAGAGUCACUGUAGCAACAGAUACAUUUCAAUGCUCCUCAAAAAGAUGGUUGUGUAACAAUAUAUUCUACUAUCAAAGGUUUUUUGGGAUAAAAUUGAAAAGAUUUCAAAACUUUGAUGUUUACGCUCGAACACAUCAUAGAAGGAGAAAACUUUUAACUAUCCAAAAUGCAACACCAGUACUCUCAAACACCAACAACAUCAAACCAAUAACCCCAGAAUUUAACUAUGCUCUUGAGCUUAUUUGUGAACAUUUCGCCAAUGCUCAGAGUGAACAAGAACAAAUUAACAUCUAUCAAUUGAUAGAAAAAACUUUAAAACAAAUCGACGCACAGAAACUCAAAAACCUGAAGGGCCCAACAGUAGUUGAAGCCAUUAAAGGCCGACCAAAAAAUACCAAGUGCAAAAUGAUUGCAUUAGAACAUUGCAUCAAUACCAAAAAAGAAAAAACCACAAAAAAAAUUAAAACAGAAAAAGAACAAAAAAAACAAAAAAUAUCCUCAGCUAAAGAGCAAAAAGCCAUCAAAAAUAUUAUCAACCUUGGGUUACCAUGCGAUUCCACAUUACUAACCAACCUCACAAUUCCACCAAAACAUAUAUUAACAAGCUUUUCAUCUGAAGCAGACGGAAAUUGUGGGUACAGCAUGAUAGCAAUGGAAGUGUACCAGGACCAGGAGGAGUGGUCAAAAGUAGAAGACAAAAUGCUAGAAACAUUUUUAAAACACCAACACAACUACUACCAUGGAAGAAUGGAGCAUGGCAAUAUGUCUGCUUCCAAUAGCCCACUCAUCUGCAGUCUCCAAGACAAGCGCUCACCUCUCCCCCAGCAACAUUGGUUUGGUACAAUUGACCAUCCUCAACUUGUAGCCGAUACAUUUAGCAGAACAGUGGCCGUAUAUUGGAAUAUUUCAACUGAAACAGACGACUGUCUUUUCGUUCCAUUUGCUACCUUGCCAGAAAAGUGGAACCGAUAA